ACUCACUCCCCAGACGACACAACGUAGCGUAGUUGGACCCCCCUCCCCCCGGUUGUACUUCGCCGGUGUUAUUUACAAAUCUUGUAUUUGAAUCAACGGAAUCCGAUGGGAACGCGCGGCUGUGCAACGCGGCUUGUUUUCCACUUCUCAGCGAUCAACAUAAUGGCUGCCGUUUUCUUUCUUUGUCUUCACUGCGUCACCGCCUCAGUGUUGGAAUCUGCUUCUCGCAAAGAAACACCCGUCAAGUAUCCACAUCUCACUGGCUGCGUGUCCACCAAUAUGGAGACCUUCCACUGCAGAUGGGAUGUCGGUACCUUGCAGAACAUCUCCAAGCCACAAGAUGUGCGCUUAUUCUACGUGACCAAUUCACCCCUGCAGGCAUCUCCGAAAGAGUGGAGCGAGUGUCCGCAUUACUCCACGGAGAGCUUAAACGAGUGUUUCUUCAGUGAAAACCACACAUCGGUCUGGAUCGAUUACAGCGUUCAGCUGCGCUCAAGAGAUCAAAGCGUCCUCUAUGACCAGGAGCACUUCAAUGUUCAGGACAUUGUGCAACCCGAUCCGCCUCUCGGCGUGAACUGGACAAUGCUGAACGUGAGCUUGACCGGUAACUUCUAUGACAUCAUGCUCAGUUGGAAGCCGCCUCCAUCUGCGGACGUGGAGAUGGGAUGGAUGACGUUAGAGUAUGAGGUCCAGCACCGCAAAGUAGAUUCUGAACACUGGGAUACGGCCGAGCUUGUAAAAAGCACACAUUGUUCUCUGUACGGGCUUCAAAGCGAUGUCCAUUAUGAAGUUCGGGUGCGCUGCAAAAAGCACGGCGAGAAGAAGUUUGGAGGCUUCAGCGACUCGAUAUUUGUCCAUGUUUCAUCUCAAGCAUCAAGAUUUCCUUUGUUGGCUUUACUCAUCAUUGGCACCUUGUGCUUGGUAGCCAUCCUGAUGUUGGCCGUCAUAUCGCAGCAGGAAAAAUUGUUGGUCAUUCUUCUACCACCUGUUCCUGGACCUAAAAUAAGAGGAAUUGACCCUGAACUACUCAAGAAAGGGAAGUUAAAGGAAUUGACAUCCAUUCUGGGCUCCCCCCCUGAUCUGAGGCCAGAGCUGUACACCAACGACGCCUGGGUGGAAUUCAUCGAUCUGGACUUUGAGGAGCAGAGCGACCGACUAACGAACUUGGAGAGCGAUUUUCUCAUGGAUCGAUCGUUGUUCUCCAACUGCUCACAUCUUUCCAUGGGCUUCAGGGAUGAUGACUCAGGCCGCGCGAGCUGCUGUGAUCCUGAUCUGGUCAGCAAUGCAGAAACAUCACAUUUGCAUUCCCUCGGCACAAACCAAAUCCGCAAUAAGGAGCCGGCUAUUGCUUCUCGACCGGGUUGCCCGAGCCCAAACGCCACAGCGGGUGAGCCUCCUUCAGAAGUCCCUUCCAGAGAGGCAUUGUACACGCAGGUAAGCGAGAUUAAGCCAUCUGGCAAGGUGCUGCUCUCCCCCGAGGAUGAGAUGCAAAACAAUGCACUCACAGAUGCCAAAGAAAUCCAAACAGCAGGAAAAAAGGAGGACAAGAACAAUCCGGAACCCCACGUAAGCUACACCUCGGAGCUCAAUGCGGGAAAAAUGAGCCCAUCUUUGCCUGCGUGCAAUUUUAAUGACUUAUGUUCAACGGGUGAAGACUCGAGUUCUACAUCAGAGGACGUCGAGGGGCAAAAGAGCCUCGUACGAACAUCGAAUUCAAUACCUUCCUCGCAGCAGACGGCCUCAAAGGCCAUAACAACACCAGAUGGCUACCUGACCCCCGACCUUUUGGGGAGUAUUACACCAUGAACCUGCAAUGACGUUUCUAAAGUUAAAAUGAGUCUGUCAGCGGUCAGGACAAACUCCUAAAAAAAAGUCUUGAUGAUUUAUGACUGGGAGUAGUAUGUGUCAGUGUUGAAUGUCAGUUCACUAAAAAUAGAGAGAGAUGCGACACUGCCCCUAGUGGCAGAUGUGUUUACUUCAUAAACAAAAAGGAACCCGUAUUAUAAUCCAGAGUUGAAAUGCGUCUGUCGGUGCACAUAAAAUUUGACCGUGCGUCAUCUCACGUCAGUUUGUGCAAGCCUAUUUUGGGGUAACAUGCUAGCUAAUACGCUUGAUGAGCUUCAUGCGGAAGUGCUUGCGUUGAACAAUUUAACUACUGAAUUGACAUUUAUAUACCAUUGAUUCAUGAUUGUGUACAAGCCAGAAGCAUGUGUUGAUGCUUUUACGAUGCUCCUUUUGCAAACGCCAUUUUUCACAGAAUUUUAAAUGCAUGCUGUCCUUCAUUUCCUUAAACCGUAUAUGCCGAAAGCAUUUUUUUACAGAAUGUAUACAGGUGUUUGUAUCCCAUAUUCAGGGUGAACUUUCAUGUAAAUGGACUGUUCAUUGUGACUUAGAUUUCAAAACGAUCUCACAAUGUGUUGCCAUGUUUUUAUACAGCAUAAAUA